GCGAAUUCGCGCGCGAAAACUUUGCGCGAUCGCGCGCGCGAUGGUGACGCCGGUGACGGGGCAAACGGCGCGUGCGGUGGAUGAGAGCGAGGAGAACGAGGUCGUUGACGCCGCGCGCGGUGAUGCGCGCGAACGCGCGGCGGCGUUUCGACGAGACGUCGAGAUGCGAUGCGACGCCGUGCGACGGGACGCGGAAGCCGCGAGCGCGGAGCAGGAGGAGUUGCGAGCGAAAUUGGCGACGACGACCACGGAGAACGCGAGUGUGAGAGAGAGCGAGACGGACACGAAGAUUUUGAAGACACCACCGGCGACGCCGAGCGAUUGCGUGCAUCUUUCGUUGAAUGCGUGCGAUUUCAACGUGAGCGCAGACGCGGAGGAGCUCGUCAAGGCGUUGUUGAAGAGUCAACGCGAACGGGAGAGUUUCGUCGAAGUGGCGCAGGAGACGGGCGCGGCGCGCUCGAAGGGAUCUUCGAAUAGAAGUGGGCACUCAACUCCGGACGAUAUCAACUAUGGAUUUCACAAAGCGCAGUUGCGCGAUGAGUUGGAGAAGAUUCGGCGUCAAGUGCUCGAGGAGACGCUCACGCUCGAAGGGCUUCGUCGGGAAACGGCUGAGUUACGAACGACGCGCGCGGCGACGUCGAGCGAUGAGGCCGUGGUGAAAGACAAGCUCACCAAGACUCGCACGCAGUUGACGCUCCUCGAAAACGAGCAAGCGCAAUUGACGGAGGACCUGGAGUACCAGCACAAGAGUUCCGCGGCGGUGCGCAAGGCGUGUCAGGAUGAAGAGCACAGGUUGAGAAAACAGAUUGAUGAACUGAGGAAAGAGGCCGCGGAUGAGGAGGAACGCGCGAUGCAGUUGAAGUCCGAUACUUGUAUCACCGUGGAAAUUCUCGAAGAGCACGAACAGUACAUCGAGAAGGUUAAGGGAAAGUUGGAAGGAUUAGAAGCCGAAGUCGAAUCAAAGACGAAGCUCUUGAGAGAGCUCGACUGCGAUCAAGGUUCGAUUGAAGAGGAGUUGGAAGCGUUGCGGACAAAGCUUAAGGAAGAAAGUGAACUAGGUGACAGAUUACGGGCGAAAGAAGCGGAAGAUAGAGCGAAUGCGCAACGCGCGUUGGAAGCCAUCAAGACUGAGGCUGAAAAACUUAAAGAGGACAAGCGCAGUUACGAAGCCGACAUCGAGCGAUCACAAGAGGCACUCGCCGAGGCUGUGCACCUAUUGCAAGUUGCAAAGGAUACGGCGGAGCAAGAAAUGUCAUGGACUGCGAACCCGCUUCGAACACCACCACCGUACCGUCAAGUUGGACAUUCUUAUGUGUAUGACAGCGCGCAAAAUUCACCGUUGGAAGCCCCGAUGCAGGGUGUUCGUUUGUUCGACGACAGCCCGAUGAUGAAAGUCUCGGCAGAGGACAAAGCGUACCAUCGUCUGAUGAUCAUGGAAAAAGCGGCAAAAGAUGCCGAAGCUCGCAGAAUGGCAGCUGAAUCCGGCGCCCACACCGCUGAAGUACGCCUGCGAAGAAUGGUUGAAUUUGUCAACCGCCUCGGGCCCUCCGCGACGUCUUCACCAUCUCGACCACGCUCACCGCAAUCGGGAGACUAUGCCAUCUAUCGUCGGGACUCUCCGACGAACUCCGUCAUAGAUUCUCUCGAUUCUCUUCGGUUGCAGCUCGCUUCGGCGGUCAAGCAAAAAUCUCGAGCGGGACUUGACAAAGUCUCGCGACGCCGCGAGAGCGCGCCUCGAGAAGAGCUUCACUUUAAGCUCAAUCAACUCAUAGAUGAGAUUGGGAAGACACGUAAGCACUACUAG